AUGGAAUAUGAUUCAAACGAUUUGAAUGCAAUUAUUAUGAAUUUAUUCACUGAAGAUCCAAUACAUGUUCAUAAUAAUAUAUGUAAAACUGAACCUAUUGAAUCAUCUAGUUUUACUGAACAACAAAAACCUACAACAACAACAACAACUGUAGCUGAUAAUAAUCAUCAGCAAUUUUUAUUUAUUAUGUUUAAUAAUCCCAAAUGGUCUCGAAUUUUGAACAAAAGAGCAGAGAACAUGCCCAUACAAAGUGAACAACAAGGACAACAACAACAAGGCUAA